CUAAUUUUCAGACAUAGAAUAUGUGACACAAUAAUAAAAUAAAUCAGAAAACAUGUUAAUUAUGUUAUUUAAAGUCUUUAUUAUACUUAAUUCUACAGUACUGACAUCAAUCGUAGUCUACAGCAAAGAAAUUUGCCCAAGAGUAUGCGUUUGUGAUGUUUUUGAAGGUCAGAAAAGAGCUGACUGCAGUGAACAGCACUUAGUGUCUGCGGAAAUAAAUCUUGCAAAAAGUGUCGAAAUUUUAAAUUUAAGUGGAAAUGAUAUCACAACAGUGGAUAAUCACAACUUUAAGGAAUAUGAUGAUUUAAUUAAUUUAUCGCUAGCAAAAAAUUCCAUUCAUACCCUAGGACUGUUUGCAUUUGAGAAUUUAGAGAAAUUAAAGCACCUUGAUCUAUCAGAAAAUCGACUGGAAUUCAUGGAUGAUAAAAUAAUUGAGAGCAAUAUUGCAUUAACUUAUCUAGAUCUAUCAAGAAAUAAAUUCAUGAUGUUAGAUGACAAGCCAUUGUUAAUAUCAGCAUCGUUGGAAUUUCUGUCACUUCGUAGUUCCCAUCUUUCACAUAUUUAUGACUCAUUUUUUAGUGAAAUGCCCAAAAUAAUUGACUUGGAUCUUUCCGAUAAUCUUUUAAACACCUUACAAAGCACAAUUUUUGAUCCUUUGGAGAAAAUCCAGUAUCUUAAUAUUGAGUAUAAUAGCUUCACAUGUGACAGUUCUUUAGAGCACACCUUGAAAGUUCUAAAGAUUAGAAGAGUCUUUGUAAAGACUGAUAAAUGCAAUAAGCAUUCCAAAAAGGUGAUGUUUGAGAAAAUGAUAAUGCUUGAUACUUCAGAAAAGGAGACAAAGGAGGAUGUUGAAAUUGAGCGUGUCUGGGGUGGUCAAUUGCCAAGUGUGACAUUUAAAAAUAUUACAAACAUUUCCAACAAAAGUAUUUUGAAGCAGAAAAUGGAGGAAUAUUUCAUAGAGCUCAAAGAUAACAGAGAAGAACAAGACGAUUGCUUAAAUGACGAGUUUAUGUCCUUAUUGUGUGAAUGCAGACAAAAUUUCAUUUUCCUUUAUGAGACUCAAAUAGCAAAGACAAAAGCAAUUGAAAUACGAUUGUAUGCCGUUCUGUAUGUUGGAAUUUUCAUUGGCGCCGUUUCAGGAUGCUUUAUAUUUUAUAUUUUUAAUGCUGUAAAAAAGAAAUGUGGAAAUGCCAUCACAAAACAGAUGAAAAGGCAAGAAAUACGAGAUCGUAUUGUCCGGAAUCACGAAGACGACAUUAGAAGAAGAAGAAACGACAGUCAAGAUCAACCGCUUAUUUCGAAUAUUAUUAAUGUUCAAGAUAUUGUACGUACUAGUCAUAACUUAAGACAUAGAAAUGAUCAGACAGAAAGAAUCAUUGGAGAGCCAUCAGCAACAGCACAAUUAGUUGAUAGAUUAUUUCGGGAUAGAGAUAGAAAUAUUUCAGAGAUUAUUCCAAUUCCAGAAUCGCCUGUCCAGAGGAGACAGAACAUACAUAACCCGCAGACUGUUCAAACAGACUCAUUCUCAUCAUACAUAGCAGUAAAUCGAUCACAAACAGAAUUCAACCGUCAAAUAGAAAUACAUCCAGACGAAGAAAAUCAGGAACAUCAAAAUGAAAGAAGUGACAUUUUUGAAAGUGAUGCAGUUAGUGAAUAUGCAUCAGCAUUGGGUGACGGUUCAAUUUUGAAUAUUGAUAGGAGCUGCACUCCUCCACCUGCUUAUCGAGAAAUUUUUGAAUAGAUAAGAAGUCGUUCAUAAAUAUGGUCUGACUGAGGAGGGGAUGAGGAAGGUUCUUAAUAGUCUUUACAAGUCAGUUCAAAAAUAUAUUAAAAGCUGUCUGAAAAUAC